AUGACUGAAGAUAUAUGGGUGGGCUCCUGGCGGCCCCACCACCCUCGGGGGCCCAUCAUGGCCCUGUAUACCAGCCCAGGCCCCAAGUACAUGAUCCCAGGAACCACAGGUUUUGUGAAGCAUACCCCAACCAAGCCGAGGGCCCCAGCCUACAGUUUCCAUGGGGCCCCCAUGGUCCUGGCAGACAACUACUCCCCUGGGCCCCGCUACAGUGUGAAUCCCAAGAUACUCCGAACGGGCAAGGACAUGGGCCCUGCCUACUCUAUCCUGGGGCGUUACCAGACCAAGACCGUCACAACGCCAGGCCCUGGAGAAUACUCUCCAGAGAAAUCCAUCAAAUAUGUAUUCAACUCAGCGCCCAGCCACUCCAUCUCUGCCAGGACCAAGUCCUUCCGUGUGGACAGCACCCCGGGUCCAGCGGCAUACAUGCUGCCAAUGGUGAUGGGGCCGCACACCGUGGGCAAAGUCUCCCAGCCCUCCUUCUCCAUCAAGGGCCGGAGCAAGCUGGGGGGAUUCAGCCAGGACCUUCACAAGACUCCAGGCCCUGCUGCCUACCGACAGACUGAUAUCCAGGUGGUGAAGUACAAGGCCCCACAGUAUACCAUGGCUGCCCGAAUUACAGCGGUAGGAGAUAAGACGACGAAGCCAGGCCCAGGUGCUCACAGCCCAGAGAAGGUGACCAUGAACAAACCCAGGGCCCCUUUCCUCAGUUUCGGAAUCAAGCAUUCGGACUACAUGACUCCUCUCAUCCUGGAUGUGGAGUAAACCCUUCCCCAUGCCUGGGAGUAAGGUGCUCUGGCCGCCUCCCAGGCUUCAUCAUGAUCCUUCUCACAACAAAUUUGCCUUUUAUCUGAGGGAGACCCUCUGCAGGUGAUCAGAGAGCUCUCCUUUCAAUCAAGUGACAGUUUUGGCCAUGCUGGGCACCCUGGGACAGGGCCACACGUGCUCAGAAACUGUGAAUGUCAUUUAUUUUUUUCUAUGACGGAGUUUAUGUUUAGUAGUCGUUUCCUGCUGUGCCUGGAUGUUUAAUAAAUCACCCAUUCUAUCCGACCUGGGGGCCCAGUGUGCUGACACGAAAAGGAGGGUUCCUUGGUAGGUUUCACCUGCCAGAACCUUUGCCUCCGGUCUGAGAGGGAUCGAAGGGCAGGGCACCCUGACCAACCUGCUGGACCCCAAGAUGAUUCAGGUAUCCCUAGAUGCUGCUCCCAGAGAGAGGAGGAAGCCUCACUGAGGGCCUACGCCCAGACAUAGCUCUGGAUUGACACAGUGCAAGGGAAGCCAAGAGUUGGUUGGGGUGUGAACCAUCCCUCCCUUCUCUUCGGCCCUCAUGCAAAACCCCUGGAGAGUCCUCGAAAGAGAUCCCACAGAUCCAGAGGUGGAAGGAGCCCAGCCCAGGAUGAGUGCUCUAAGCCUGCCGCACCCCCCCUCCCUCUGGCCCCAGAACUGGUGCAUGUUUAGGGUUAGAGUUUGAAGACCUCCACUAGCAGAGAGGAGCCCCCUUCCCCUGAGGCCACUCCGACCUUUUGUAUGCUCAAGUCCUCAAGCUUUUUCCUUGGAUUAAACUGGGAUCUGUCUCUCACUCCUAGUUCUAGCCUUUAGGGUAAGGCAGAGAGAGCCAACUUCCUCUUUCACAGGGCAGGCUCGCCCGGAGUUUUUGGCCUUCCGGGCCGAGUCCCCCGAGCAAUCAAUCACAACAGUCUCGUCAGAUAAUUCCCAUUCCCCUGACCCUCUUAUCAAAAUUGUUUAUAGCUUCAAAAUUUUCACAGAACCUUAAGGCAGUUCAGAGGCUACUGAGUCAAGCCCGUACACAAAGGGAACAGCAGCUAUAAACACCUUAACAUACCUCCAAAGUCAAAGGCCUCCAAUGAGGAACCUACUCUUAAGGCUGUGCUGAACCCUUUGAAAUCUGUUCUCCACAAAUCAAGGGUACACAUCGGUCUCUUCCUACCUUUCCUUUACCCCAAACUCAGAUGGCCACUCCUACGUCAAAACUUCCACCAUUUCCACCUGAGCCACCAGUUCCUCCUUCUUGGUAAGUCAGACCCAGAUUAGAAUUUCACUGCCUAGGCUCCUUUCAAAGGAAAAAAAAUUUUCUCUGUUGACAAAGAGCUCCAGAAAGUGUCUGGAUCUUUGAAGCCCCACUCCCCCCAUCACUACCAUCUCAGCACCUAAAAAUGAUCAGAGCAUGGCCCUCACCAACUUUUCUGGACUGACUCGACUUUAUCCGUCUCACAAAUCCAGGUGCCAGCCCAAGUGGUCAAAUUAUUGCUCCAACUCCUUAGAAGUCAUUCCACCAUCUGCCCGUCUUUGCACUGGCUAUCUCCUGCCCCCUCGAGUAGUCUCUGUCUUCAGUCCCAUGUUUUGGGACUCCUAGCUUUCUUCAAGGCUCAUCCUCAACGCUACUUACUCCCUGGGAAUUACUGGACACAGAUUUGAUAUUUGCACACGGGUACACGUAAUUUCUCCCCAGUAGAAUGUAAACCCCUCGAGGGCUGAUAGUGGUUUGUUUUUUUUUUAAUCCCUUUUGCAGAGUAUGCUGUAGGCACAAAAUAAACGCCUGUUGAAUUGCCUGUGCAAGGUUUGCAAUUGGUAUACCUGGUUUUUUUGUUCUGACGGUAUACCAUACCCUCACCUGUUUAUCUCCUCAAUCCAUGUUACUAAAAUCAUUCCUUCCCCCACCCCCCAUCACACACACAUACACCACACAUGCACACUUGAACCAUCUGGGGCCUCUCCAAUAAGAAACAUCUCUCUAGAGCUAUGGUCCAGUAAUUCCUGACAGUGGCUGUCUGAUCUCACCCAAGUCCUGACUGGCUUUAAGUCCUAACCCAGAGGAGCUACAGGAAGGCACUGAAGUUUCUCCCAGCAUAGUACUGAAAUCCUUCCUAGACACAAUUCCAUUUCUGUGGGAGCAGCCUUUUCAGUGAGAAUGACAUGGGAUGUGUGCUGGCCUUUUCUUCCCAGUGAAACCUUCAAAAUCUCAGGACCACAGGUCAACCUUGGGAGAUCCCACUCCCUCUUCUCUCCACACUCCUCCGCAUCCUGCUUUUAAAACUAAUGUGGUCUUCUCAUUGCCUGAGCCUUCAUCCUCCAGGGCCAGCCUCCUUGCAAACGAGGUGCUGGGCAUCACAGGAAAAUUGGGAAUCACUGCAGUUAGUUGUACGAAUGCCAAGCAAAGAGACCAAAAGGGCCUGCCUAGGAGCCAGGUGCUCUGGUCCAGGGCUUUGUAGCCUGCUGGUACUCAGACAGCAUGAAAGGCCUGGCUGGGCAUCUGGGCAUUCUCUCUGGCUGUCCCCCAUGCCUGCAACACUCUCCCUCCUGUGCUCUGACUACUGACUUUCCUGAC